AUGUCCACCACGCACGGCGAAGAGCCAAACCCUCUCGAUACCACAGGGCUGUGCUUGCUGUCGCUCGACGGCGGCGGCGUGCGGGGGCUCUCAACCCUCUACGUCUUGAAAAGCAUCAUGGACCGACUGAACUAUGAACGCAAAAAGACUGCCAACCUUCCUCCGGCGAAGCCAUGCGAAGUGUUUGAUCUUAUCGGAGGCACCAGUACUGGCGGACUCAUUGCGAUCAUGCUCGGCCGGCUCGAAAUGGACGUAGAUGAGUGCAUUACCGCAUACAGUGAUCUCGCGGCAGCCGUCUUCAGUGAGAAAUUAAGCCGCAUUCCAGUCAACAUCAAGGGUAACGUCAAGCCGCGAUUUGACUCGACAAAACUUGAGACUGCGAUCCGAAAGGUAGUAACACAAAGCGGCGCAUCUGAGACAGACUUACUCAAUGACGCGGUUGAGAGAGGAUGUAAAACCUUCGUUUGUACUGCCGACCGCGACACGAGGGGCAUCCGUCGUCUCCGAAGCUACAGCCUACCCGACGAGCCGAACAUUCGUGCAACGAUUUGCCAAGCCGCGCUCGCGACAUCGGCUGCCACGACCUUUUUUGAUCCGGUCAGCAUCGGGGAUCGCACAUUUGCUGAUGGUGGGCUCGGCGCAAACAAUCCAGUGGACGAGGUAGAAGGAGAGGCGUCGAACAUCUGGAGCCCGGAGACUGGGAACUUGAAGCCUCUGGUCAAGUGUUUCAUCUCAAUAGGGACAGGGAACCCCGGCAAGAAGGCGUUCGAAGACAGCAUGAUCAAGUUUCUCGGCCAGACUGUGGUGGAGAUCGCAACUGAGACAGAGAAUACGGAGCGGAGGUUUAUUGCUAGAUGGGCCGGGCAUUUUGAUGAAAAGCGGUAUUUCCGGUUCAACGUCGAUCAAGGGCUGCAGAACGUUGGCCUAGACGAGUAUAAGAAGAAGGGUGCAAUGGAAGCGGCGACGGAAGAGUAUCUCACGCAUGUAGCGCAGAAGUUCCGGUUACGAGACUGUAUUCAGAAUUUGAGACUAAAGCAGAAUAAAUCUGACACUUCCUUCGCUGCCCUUGUGAAAGAAUAUACUUCACGCACCAUUCAGCAACAAACAGCCGCACAUACUGCUCCCUGGAUCGUUCCGUUUGAAAGAAAUCCCAACUUUACCGGUCGGGAAUCCCAGCUUGCUCAGCUCGAAAACAAGCUUUUCGCAAAAGAUCACACUACAAAGAUGGCAAUCGCCGGACUCGGAGGUGUGGGCAAGACGCAGUUGGUGCUUGAGCUAGCCUACCGAGCAAGAGAAAGGUAUAAAAAUUGCUCCGUCAUCUGGAUACCCGCGACCAACAUGGAAAGUCUCCAACAAGCGUACCUGGAUGUUGCUCGACAGCUCAACAUACCCGGUUUGGAGGAGGAGAAGGCGGACGUAAAGAAACUUGUGCAAGGCUACCUAAGUAAGGAAAGUACAGGCCAGUGGCUCCUAGUGUUUGACAACGCCGAUGAGAUUGAGAUGUGGAUCACCAAGCCAACAUCUGCGCAGGGAUCUGGCCGAUUGAUCGAGUACCUUCCAAGGAGUACACAAGGGUGCAUCGUCUUCACAACACGCGACAGGAAAACGGCCGUCAAGCUUGCACAGCAGAACGUAAUCGAAGUGGCGGAGAUGAAUGAAGCUAUGGCUACGGAGAUGCUGCAGAAAUAUCUGAUCAACCAGGAUCUCGUCAGUAACGAGCAAGAUACGAAAGCGCUACUUACGCAGCUAACCCACCUCCCACUAGCCAUCGUGCAGGCAGCAGCAUAUAUUAAUGAGAACGGCAUAACACUCCCAGAUUAUCUAUUGCUUCUGGGAGAUCAAGAGGAGGAGGUUAUCGGUCUACUUAGCGAAGAAUUCGAGGAUCAUGAAAGAUAUCGCAAUGUGAAGAACUCAGUGGCCACGACAUGGCUAAUCUCGUUUGAGCAGGUCCGGCACCGCGAUCCUCUGGCAGCCGAUUUGCUGUCGUUCAUGGCAUGCGUGGAUCCAAAGAACGUGCCGCAGUCUCUUCUUCCAUCCGGUCCCUCGCGGAAGAAGGAAUCUGACGCUAUCGGGACGCUACACGCGUACUCUUUUGUCAAUAGGCGACUAGCAGAUUUGGCUCUUGACGUGCAUCGGCUGGUGCAUCUUGCGACACGCAACUGGCUUCGAAAGGAAGAUCUGCUUACUCGAUGGACCGAGAUAGCUAUCGCGCGAUUAGAAGAAGUGUUUCCAGAUGAUAAUGACUACCACCAAAACAGACGUGUCUGGAGGACAUACCUGCCGCACGCUCGCUAUGUACUUGAAUCUGACCUCAUCGAUAAAGACGAGGAGAACAGGCUUUAUCUGGCGUGGAAGUUUGGAAACUGUCUCAGCGAGGACGGACGAUGGAAUGAGGCUGAGACCUUAUUUACGCAUGUGAUGGAAACUUAUAAGAGGGUGCUUGGCGCAGAGCAUCUGGACACGUUAAGCAGCAUGGCUCAAUUAGCAUCAACGUACCAGCAUCAAGGUCGAUGGAAGGAGGCUGAAGAGCUAGAGAUACAAGUGAUAGAUGCUCGUAAGAGAGUGCUUAGUGUAGAGCAUCCUUCUACGCUAACUAUUAUGAAUAAUCUGGCGUCAACGUAUCAGGGUCAAGGUCGAUGGAAGGAGGCUGAAGAGCUGCAGAUUCAAGUGAUGAAGACUCAGAAGAAAGUGCUUGGUGUGGAGCAUCUAGAUACGCUGACUGCUAUGAAUAAACUGGCGUUAACAUAUCAGAAUCAAGGUCGAUGGGAGGAGGCUGAAGAGCUGCAGAUUCAAGUGAUGAAGACUCGGAAGAAAGUGCUUGGUGUGGAGCAUCCUUCUACGCUGACUACUAUGAAUAAUCUGGCAUUAACAUAUCAAGAUCAAGGUCGAUGGAAGGAGUCUGAAGAGCUGGAGAUGCAAGUGAUAGAGACUCAGAAGAAAGUACUUGGUGUGAAGCAUCCAGAUACGCUGACCACUAUGAAUAAUCUAGCGUCAACAUAUAAGAGUCAAGAUCGAUGGAAAGAAGCUGAAGAGCUAGAGAUGCAAGUGAUAGAGACUCGGAAGAAAGUGCUUGGUGUGGAGCAUCCGGACACACUAAGCACUAGGAAUAAUCUUGCCUUCACUUGGAAAGCCCAAGGUCGAGAUGCAGAAGCUAUCAAGCUGAUGGAGGAAUGUGUACACUUACAGUCCCGCAUCUUAGGCAUUGACCACCCUUAUACUUUGGAUUCUCGUGAAGCAUUGAAUAUCUGGCAGACAGAAGCUGGAGAUUGA